AUGGUAGAAUUUAUUGAAUGUACAGAGCGUGUUAUAUAUGUAGAAGACGAGAAAGAACAAAAAGAAAUCAUACUGCAACAUCAUGAGGGAAAGACGUGUCACAGAGGAAUAAAGGAAACAAUGAGUAGAAUUAAAAGAAAUUAUUAUUGGCAGAACAUGCAAGAGACGAUUGCUGCAGUACUUAAUGUUUGUGAUGCCUGUAGAAAAAUGAAAUAUGAAAGAAAACCCAUUAAACCAUUACUUCAAUUAACUCAAACCCAAAACGCCCCCUUCCAAGAAGUUUUCAUGGACCUUUUUUCAAUUGAAUCCGUUUAUUACCUAACUUUGGUUGACGCAUUUAGUAAAUUAGGACAAGCUAUCGAAAUCCCAAAUAGAUCCGCACCGGAAAUCGUAAGAGCGCUUAUUAAAUAUUUUUCAAUAUACGGAACACCUAAAAAAAUAACUUCUGAUCCCGGUAGUGAGUUUAAUAAUGAUCUCAUUAAGGAACUUAUGACUAUGUAUAACAUACUACUACACAUUACCACUCCUAAUAACCCGAAUUCAACAGGCAUAAUAGAGAGAUUCCACUCCACAAUUAUAGAGAUAUACAGAUUGGCGAAAUACGAACGAAAGUGUACAGAUGCAGCUACUGUAAUGAGUUACUCAAUUAUGGCUUAUAACCACACCAUACAUAGUACAACCGGCCUUACUCCUUUCGAAAUCGUUUUCGGUCAUACCGACUCUAAUUCAACGUUCACCGCGAAUUUCGAGAAAUGUUACACCCAACAACUAUUAAAAGAUCAUGCUAAACGUACUAGAUAUCUAUAUAAUUACAUAUCGGAUAAAAUCUUAGAGAAAAAGGAAAAGGUGGUGUAUAAUAAUUCUGACGAUGGUUCAGAAAGGAUGGGCCCUUCAACUUCGAAAACUUGA